AUGAAGAGAAUAUAAAAUCUAAUUGCUAAUGGAAAGUAAUUUCUUAUUGAUAGCUAUUCAAUUCAUAAAUCAAAAUAAGUAUAAAUCACCGUAUAAAUUAGGCACUCAAAGCAUAUGAGAAAUAGUAAUACAAGAAGAUCAUUUCCUAAUGUUAAUAUUGGAAUUCCUAUAAGUAUAUCCAAAUUAAUCAACAUAAAUUUCUGUUUUUUCUUAUAUCAGAGUAGAAUAAUGAUUUGAUAAAAUAAAUAUUAGAUAAAAAUCCAAUAAAGGAAGAAAUCUUGGGAGAUGAUGAAAAUCCAAAUAAGUUUUUCCCAUUGACAUUUUCUGUAUUAAAUGAUGUUAGAGAAACUAGUGAAUUGCUCAUUGAAAAUGGAGCAAAUAUACAUUAAUCGCAUAAAGAUGGUAAUAAUAUUACUCAUGUUUGUGCUUUCUUUAAUAAAAUCUAAGCCUUAAAUUAUUGCAUAGAGAAAGGUGUAAAUUAUGAAUAAUAAAAUGAAAGAGGGGAUACUCCUUUACAUUUGGCAUCAAUGCAAGGACAUUGUGAAAUAAUAGAGAGAUUAUUGCAUUUGAAAUGCAAUGUUAAUGUUGAGAAUACAGAGCAUCAUCAACCUAUACACGAAUCAGUCUUGUUUGGUUAAUUGGAUGCAUUUAAGAUUCUCUUUAAAUAUUAUUAAGGAAUUUAGAGAAAUUCACAAUCUCCACACAUUGUUCAUUAUGCAUCUAUGCUCGAAAACACAUUUAUUUUAAAUGAAAUUAUCAAAAGUAACAAAGCAUUAGUGAAUUUAAGAGAUCCUGUAAGUAAUGCAGUUCCUCUUCAUUUUAGUGUUAAUUCAAAUUCAUUAGAGUGCACUAGUUUAUUGCUUGUAAAUAUUUAUUUUGAUAUAUUCAUAGGAAAGUGGGGCAUUAACUAAUGUUAAAGAUAAAUUUGGGAAUACUCCCUUACAUUUGGCUGUUGAAAAGAAAAACAUUGAGAUUUGCAAAUUAUUAUGUUUGAAUGGGGCUGAUAUUGAUAUUGAAAAUGAGGAUAAAUUGACAGCAAAAGAUUUAGCCGAAGUUGAUGUGGAUAGAUAAAUUCUGGCUUUAUUUUAAUCAUAAUCCAGAUAUUCAAAACUUUUCAGAUAAUGAUGUU